CUGCCCCGUGGCGCGGCGGCGGCGGCGGCGGCGGCGGCGGCGGCGGAGGACGGGCAGCGGCAGCCAUGGACGCGCAGAGCCUGGACGAGUUCCGCCGGCGCUGGCAGGAGGAGCUGGCGCAGGCCCAGGCGCAGAGGAAGCGGCGGCGGCCCGAGGGGGCGGAGCGGCGGGGGCGGCGGCCGGACUUGGUCCCCGGGCGCGGCGAGCAGGCCUCGGGGUACCUGGCGCUGGCCCAGGGCCUCCUGGAGGGCGCGGGCCGGCCCCCCGCACCCAGGUCCGCCCGGGCCGAGGCCAGUCGUUCCCGCUCCCCGCCGGCCCGCGACGGCGCGGGACCCGGGCCCGGGGAGCAGCUGGUGGACCAGCUCAUCCGCGACCUGAAUGAAAUGGACGAUGUGCCCUUCUUUGACAUCCAGCUGCCUUAUGAAUUGGCAAUCAACAUAUUUCAGUACCUCAACCGGAAAGAACUAGGAAGGUGUGCGCAGGUGAGCAAGACAUGGAAGGUGAUUGCCGAAGAUGAAGUGCUAUGGUACAGGCUGUGCCAGCAGGAAGGGCACCUUCCCGAGAGCAGCAUCUCUGAUUACUCUUGCUGGAAGCUCAUCUUCCAAGAGUGCCGAGCCAGAGAACACAUGUUAAGAACCAACUGGAAGAAUCGCAAAGGUGCCGUGAGCGAGCUGGAACACGUUCCUGAUGCGGUUCUGUGUGAUGUGCAUUCUCACGACGGCGUGGUCAUUGCCGGAUAUACAUCAGGGGAUGUGAGGGUGUGGGACACCCGCACCUGGGACUACAUAGCCCCCUUCCUGGAAUCAGAGUAUGAGGAGGACGAGCCUGGAAUGCAGCCAUAUGUCUCCUUUGUGAGGAUAAACAGCUCGCUGGCGGUGGCGGCUUAUGAGGAUGGAUUUCUUAACAUUUGGGACCUACGGGCUGGGAAGUACCCUACUCACCGUUUUGAACAUGAUGCAAGAAUACAGGCACUGGCCCUCAGCAAGCAAGAUGCAACUAUUGCCACCGCCUCUGCAUUUGACGUCGUGAUGCUGGGCCCCAAUGAAGAGGGGUAUUGGCAGAUCACUGCAGAAUUUGAAGUUCAGAAACUGGUUGACUACCUUGAAAUAGUUCCAGAUACUGGAAGGUACCCCGUGGCAGUGGCUACCGCUGGCGAUCUGGUCUACCUGCUGAAAGCGGAGGACUCCGCCAGGACCCUGCACUACGUCUACGGCCAGCCGGUCACCUGUCUCGACGUUUCAGCCAGCCAGGCCGCUUUCGGUGUGAAGAGUCUGGGCUGGGUGUAUGAAGGAAACAAGAUCCUGGUGUACAGUCUGGAAGCAGAGCGCUGCCUCUCGAAGCUGGGCAACGCGCUGGGUGACUUCACCUGCGUCAACCUCAGGGACAGCCCUCCCCACCUCAUGGUCAGUGGCAACAUGGACAGAAGGGUCAGGAUCCACGACCUGCGCACCGACAAGAUCGCCCUGUCGUUGUCCGCGCACCAGCUUGGAGUCUCCGCAGUGCAGAUGGACGACUGGAAAAUCGUCAGCGGUGGGGAGGAGGGCCUGGUCUCGGUGUGGGACUACCGCACGAACCAGAAGCUGUGGGAGGCGCACUCCAGACACCCCGUCCGCCACAUCUCCUUCAGCAGCCACAGCCUCAUCACAGCCCACGUGCCCUACGAGCGCGUGGUGCGCAGCGCCGAGCUGGACAGCUUCUCCACGCACAGGAGGCACCGGGGGCUGAUCCACGCCUACGAGUUCGCGGUGGACCGGCUGGCCUUCCAGAGCGUCCUCCCCAUCUGCCGCUCGUCCCCCGACACCCCUGCAAGCUACAGCUACGACCUCGCCUCUGCCUUUCCCUACGACAGCGCUUAGGGGGGCAAGGUGGGCGCUGAGGUGACCCCGUCCCUCCCUCGUCUGCCCCCGGAGAGCCGGCUCGUGUCCUCUAUCCUGCACACCAGUGACUCAGUCUCCAGCCUUCUCCCCCCAGCGAUACUGUCCUCUGGAUCUGAGGUCAAGGACUCAGUGGUGGGUGUGAGACCCCAACAUAAGCCUGGUGUGGCGGGCUGUUUUGCUCCUGCCUCUCACUGUGGUUUAUUUACAAUUAUAUAUUUGUACAGUCA